AUGAAUAUUUAAUUAUUAUUUAUAGAAUUUGUAUUAAGUGAUUUUAGAUUAAUAGACUGUUUUGAAGAAAAUAAAUGAAAAUGUUAAAUAAAAGUUAAACACUAUACUUUUAAUUGGUAACACAGGCUCAGGAAAAAGUUUUAUAUUUAAUUGGGUAAGUGGUGCAAAGUUUGAAUAUUCAAAUUUUGAAUUAAAAUUGAUUUAAAGUGAAGGGUAGAAUUUUUCAGUAUAAAGUAAUUCAAUGUAAUCAGUUACUUAUAUACCAAAUUUCAAUAAAAUUGAUGAAGAUUAUCUUAUAAUAGAUUUUCCAGGUUUUAAAGAUACAAAGGGAAAAUAUUCUUAAUUAUCAAUAUAAUUAAUGUUUGAUGAAAUAGUAACUAAAACAAAUGUUAAAAUUGCAGUUGUUUUUCAAUAAACUAAUACUAUAUUAGUAGAAAGAGGUAUUCAUCUAUAAAAAUUUAUAUAAUCUGCAUUCACAUCAUAAAAAACAAAAUUUGAUUCUAUAGGCUUGAUAAUAAAUUAAUUUUAAUAACCAAUAAAUGAAAAUGCCAUUGAAGAGAUUCGAAAGUAAAUUAUUGAAAAAUCAUUAGAGGAUAAAACAAAUGA